AUGACUGAAUUGACGUCGCGACGUUUCACUCGUCGGCAGCAAUUACCUCGUUGGAACUCCGGCGAUUCUCAAGCUGAAGUACUAUUUACCCUUCUUCUCCUUUUCGUCGUUUUUCUGCCUGAAGUUAACAAAAAAAAAAAAAAAGGGGGGGGGAAAAAGAGAGGAAAGAAGAUGAGCCAAUGCGAAGCUUCUGCUCUCCUCUCCAAACUGCUGAAACUACCACCGCUCAAAGCUCUCUCACUCUUCGAAUCAUCUAUCCAACAAGGACUCCAACACACUCACCAAUCUGUAUCUGCCCUCGUUUCCCAUCUUCUUUCCUUCGACAGCCUCGCCCAGACUCAAUCUCUCAUCCAACAAUUGCUCGCCGGCAAAAUUACCUCCCCACAUUUCACAGUUUCUUCUCUUCUUCACUAUUUGAUCGCUCAAACUCACUUCCAUCCUGCUGCUCUGUGUGAGACAAUCAUCAAUGCUCAUGUGCGGGCUCAGUUACCGGAACAAGCCAUUUUCUUUUUCAACCAUAUGAAGGUACCCAAUUCAAGCACUCUGAACAGUCUUCUUGAUUUUCUUGUAAAGAAUGGCAAUUUUGUGAAAGCUUUGAGGGUUUUUGAGGAGUCGAAGAGAAAAGGCUUGGGUUUGGAUGUGUAUAGUUUUGGGAUUGUGAUUAAGGGUUGCUGUGACAAUGGAGACUUGAAGAGGGGUUUUGAGUUUUUGGGUCAGUUGGAAGAUAUGGGUUGGUGUCCAAAUGUUGUUAUAUAUACCACUUUGAUAGAUGGGUGUUGUAAGAAUGGUGAUAUUCAAAAGGCAAAGGAGUUGUUUCAUGGAAUGUCAGAAUUGGGGCUUGUUCCUAAUCAGUACACUUACACAGUUUUGAUCAAUGGGUUUUUCAAGAAUGGGCUUGAAAGAGAUGGUUUUGAGCUUUAUGAGAGGAUGAAAAUUGAUGGUACAUACCCUGAUACACAUACUUACAGCUCUAUGAUCAAUGUUCAUUGCAGUGAGUGUCGAAUAGACACCGCUUUUCAAUUGUUUGACGAAAUGCGUGAUGGAGGGGUUGUAUGCAAUGUUGUUACUUAUAACACUUUAAUUAGAGGGUUAUGUCGGCAGACAAGAAUGAUGGAUGCAGAGAAAUUGGUUGGUCGGAUGAAGAGUGAUGGGUUUACUCCUAAUCUGAUUACUUAUAACAUUCUGAUCGAUGGGUAUAGCAAAGCUGGGAAGAUCGAGAAAGCAUUUAGCUUGUUCAAUCAGUUGAAGUCUUGCGGUUUAGCUCCAUCGUUAAUUACUUACAAUGCUCUAAUCGCAGGUUUCUCUAAAGCUGAAAAUCCAAUGAGAGUUCUUGAUUUAGUUCGCGAGAUGGAGGAGAGAGGCAUUUCUCCUUCGAAAGUGACAUACACAAUUCUGAUCGACGCCUUUGCUCGAUCUAAUAACAUGGAGAAAGCACUCGAAGUGCUCUCCUGCAUGGAUAAAGCGGGGUUAGUGGCAGAUAUGCACACGUAUGGUGUAUUGAUACGUGGUUGGUGCAGUCAAGGCAAUAUGAAGGAAGCCUCAAAGCUAUUUAGAUCACUACAGCUGGAAGGCAAUAGUGUUAUAUACAAUACGAUGAUCUAUGGGUACUGCAAAGAGGGUAGCUCCUACCGAGCUUUGAGGUUGCUCAAAGAGAUGGUUGAGAACGGAAUGGUUCCAAACGCUGCUAGCUAUCAUUUGACAAUAGAGGUGCUCUGCAAUGAUGGGAAGUGGAAUGAUGCUGAAGUUGUUACAAAUAGCAUGAUAAAGUCUGGUUUAAAGCCCACCCGUUCUCUAAGUGAAAUGAUUAUUCAGGCCAGAAGCAUUAAUAUGGAAGAAUGCUUUUGAAGGGAUUUCUGUAAUACUAGCGAGGCAUGGGGCUAUGUCAAGGAACUUGAGUUGAAAAGUGGAAACUCAUUUGCAGGCACAUCAUUCACGGCUGCCUUAAAAGGGAGUGGUUGUAACUCCAGUGGUUCCUGCAAUUAGACCGCUGCUUACUUUCACAAAGUUUGAAGAAUGGCAGCCAUUGGAUGAGUUUUCAACUCCUCCAUCAUGCCCUACUUCUGCAGGCGUGGAAAGUCCAACGCUGUGGUGCGUCAAUCAACAUUUUGAUUUCCGUCGAUAAGAGCCCCUUAUCAGUGUCCUUUUUCGUCUACCGGGAGUUCGAGCUGCAAGAUAGAAAAUAAUCAAGUUCUCUUUGCAAUCCCUUCAAAUUACGCAGGAUCACAGCAGAAGCAAAGAAAAAGAAGCUGUAGGAGGAAAAGUUGAAGAAAGGGAAGAACAGGGAGAGAAGGUUGGUUCUCCUCCCUACCAUGUUCUUUAGUCAAAUUGCUGCAUCUUUUCUUAGCAACAUAACUAUGGUAAAUUAUUGGGUGUAUAAUUCAUCCAAAUGUUUGAAGCUUUGUUAGAUCAUGAGGUGUCCUAAGUAGGCCUAACUAUAAAAGACACCUUUAAGCCCGUACUAUACUCAAACUAAUCUCUGUUCGCACCGGGCCGACCCAAUUAAGAGGCAAAGUGCUGGUCAUAUUUGUUUUUCCGUACGAGAGGGGGUUUUGAACUCCCGACUUCACUUAAGGGGAUGAGGGGGUUUUGAAAUUGAUAUUUAACGGGUAUUCGACCGUUAUGUGAUUCAUCAUGUGUGCUUUUCUUUGA